UGUUUUGUUAGAGGAAUACAUGGAAAUAUGUUGUUUGUAGAAGGAUAUAUACGUAAAAACACCAUGUUAUCAUCACCCGGUCUCCCCGUGGCAGAGCAAGUCUACUGUUUGCUUCUUGUCGAAGCCUCAAAUCCCAGGCGGCAUCCCGACCAUGCUCUGAGCCCGCCGCCGCAGUACUUAGUCUUCAUCCCACCAUGAGCUUGGAGCCCUUCGCCAGGUUGGUGCGGCUCGCGGGGAGGGCUUUCUACGACGACGUCUCUCUCAAGGGGGACAACCAGCCCAAGAACGGCAGGGGCGACAACAGGGGCAUGGCCGUCAUCGUCCUCGACGCCCUCACCAGGCGCCAAUGGGUGAGAGAAGAAGAUUUGGCUAAGACCUUAAAGCUGCAUGCAAAACAACUUCGUCGUAUUUUACGAUUUUUUGAAGAGGAGAAGCUAGUCAUGAGAGACCAUCGGAAAGAGUCAGCUAAAGGGGCAAAAAUAUUCAGUACAGCAGUAGCUGCCACUGGUGAUGGUCAACAAGUAGUAAAGGAUGGAGAAGAGAAGACGAAGAUGCAUACUCAUUCUUAUUGCUGCCUGGACUAUGCGCAGGAACAGCUGAAACCAUUGGCUUUGCAACUUGCGAGAGUAAAGGAUUUACCUGUUCCUGAAUUUGGAAGUCUGCAGGCAUGGGAAGCUAGGGCGAAUGCAGCUGCUCGUGCAAAUGGUGAUUUAAAUGCACUGGAUCCCACCAAAUCUUCUCAAGGACAAGGAUACAGUGGAACACCUAUGCCAUUCCUUGGGGAAACAAGAGUUGAAGUUGCUUUAUCUGGUAUGGAAGUGAAGGGAGAAGACAAUGAGUCUGACACAAAGACUUCAGCCUUGAAGGUUAUACCUCCUUGGAUGAUUAAAGAAGGAAUGAGUCUAACAAAAGAACAAAGAGGAGAUGCGGUAAAAGUAGAUGACGUUUCAACUUAUGGUGAUGACAAGAAAUCAAAAGAUGUAAAAGAAGACGAAAAGAGCAUACAGGAUGAGUAUCUCAAGGCCUAUUAUGCAGCUUUGUUGAAAAGGCAGAAAGAGCAGGAAGAAGCUUCAAGAAUGCAACGAGAGGCAGAAAGAAGUCAGUCUGACCUUCUGGAUGGUGUUCUUGAAGCAUAUUCUGAACGCCAAGUUGGCAAAAAGGCAAAACGUGAAGAUUAUGAAAAUGAUGACGUUGAAUGGGAAGAGGUUCCAUCUGCAGGUUUAGUUGUCUUUUCUACUACUUUUUGUUAUUAUACUUAUAUGUGUCCUUAAAUCUACAAUAUCUAU